CUCUGUAGACGAGGGCGCGCUCUGCUUCCUCGUUGACGAGACGAUUUACUUUCGUUUUAAAGUCGCCAGCGACAUUUUGUUUGCCUCUUUUCUUUGAGCAGGUUCUACACCAAGGUGAAACCAUGAAGCCGCUUGUCUGCUGUUUCUUCUACCUCCUCGUUCUAAGCCAUUCGAUGGCGAAAAAACAUUCACCCAAAGUUCAGGUGUACAGUCGCAACCCAGAGGAGUUAGGGAAGCCCAACGUCAUCAUCUGCCAUGUCAGUGGGUUCUACCCACCUCAAAUUAAGAUUGACAUCCUGAAAAACGAUGCGGUGAUUCCUACAACAAAUCAGACUGACCUGGCCUUCGACGACAACUGGCAGUACUACCUGACCAAACACACCAGAUUCACCCCAUCUGCGAAGGACAAGUACGCCUGCAGGGUGACUCACCUAGAGCAACCCAAGACAUACGUUUGGGAACCUGAUAUGUAAGUUCUGCUCUCUGCCUUGCUUCAGUCACUUGAAGGAUCAAGAUUGGGACAUUUUGAAUGAUGAUACAGAUUCAGAUUAAUUCUGUGAAGAGAAGAGGACACAACUCCCUGCAACCGGACUUAAGCUACUAGAUUUUAUAGCUCCUAAGGAAUAUUGGGUACAAUGAAUGCUGCACACCGAGUAUAUUAUACAACAAUUCUGAUUUGUUUCUUGCCAAUCUGGAAAAGAAAAAAAUAAAAUACUGUAUGUAGGCAUAAGUGGUUUUGCCACAAUGGAUUUGGUUUUAGUCAUCGUGGGCCACAAGACCCACAUUUAGGUAACAGUAAUUCCAGUUAUGGGUUAAUAAAAUACACAUGAAUGUGAAAACGGCGUCCAACUAAUGAGAACAUGUUUCACUUACAGUUACAGAUUCUAUUAACAAAACAAGAAUGGUUUUAUUUAAUUGGUCUAAUCAAAAACGAAGUAAAGUAGAUUUGAGUCUGUAGACACUCAUGCAUGAGCACUUUCGUAUUGUGCCUUACUGUUCAUCUAAAUCUAUUACUUUGUGGAAUCUUAAGUGUGCUGUUUUGUCUGUGAUUUAAAAUGUUUACUUUGAUGUGUUUGAUGCUUAAUCUGGAAAACACUGUAAAGCUUUCCUUAGCACUUAUGCCACUUCAUGUUUUCUUCAACUCUACUCUGCAAAUUGUAGAUUCUAGGAUUUUUUUAUAUCGCAUAAUUCCAAAUCCGAGCACUUGUACAGUUUGCCAAAUACAUUACUCUGUGUUUUGUUAAAUAUGGAUGGGUAAAAUUAAACUAAUUUUGGGGAAAAUGUGA